CGUAGCAGCAAAACCCCCCAGCUGGAGUGCUGACUUCGUCUAAAGAACAUCUGAUCGACCAAUGGCACCAUUGUCCCUGAGGGCAGCUGUCACCAUUACUUCAUCUGCAUUGGCUAGCAGUGAAAAGCGAAUUUAACAAGGUAAACAACGGAACGGAGAGAGCAGCACUCUCGCUUUGACCAUCGGUUUAGGGCGUUUUUAGGAGUUGUAACAGGUCAGAAACGACCUCGCCGAGAGUGAGAAAGGAAGAAUACAACUCUUGGAACAUGAUACUGGGGAAACUGGUUCUCCACACCCUCUCCUUCCUCGCUGGCUCCAGUGUUUGUUUGGGAUAUGUUUUUCAAGCACGGCGACCUGGAGAGUGGGAGGACAGUAUAUCACAUGCUAAAGUUCCUUCAGACUCCCCAUGGGUAAAGUCAUCAGGAUCGUGCAAGGGCAGGUGCUUUGAGCUACAUGAAGCUGAACCUCCUCACUGUCGCUGUGACAAUUUAUGCAAAACCUACAUCAGCUGUUGCCAAGAUUUUGAUGAGCACUGCUUGAAAACCGGGGGGGGAUUUGAGUGCACUAAAGAGCGGUGUGGAGAAACCAGGAAUGACGAUCACGCCUGCCACUGCUCCGAGGACUGCCUGGAGAAAGGAGACUGCUGCACCAAUUACAUGGCGGUCUGCACAGGGGGGACUUCAUGGGUGGAGGAUGAGUGUGAGGAGAUUGAGACUCCAGACUGCCCUGCUGGCUUUGUCCGCCCCCCUUUGAUCAUGAUGUCAGUGGAUGGGUACAGAGCUUCAUACCUGAAAAAGGGCAGCACCGUGAUCCCCAAUAUGGACAAACUAAGAACAUGCGGCACUCAUGCGCCCUAUAUGAGACCUGUGUACCCCAGCAAAACCUUCCCCAAUUUGUAUACACUUGCUACGGGCCUUUAUCCUGAAUCCCACGGGAUUGUGGGUAAUUCCAUGUAUGACCCCGUGUUUGAUGCCCAUUUCUUUCUCAGAGGUCGAGAGAAACUGAACCAUCGCUGGUGGGGAGGUCAGCCUAUAUGGAUAACAUCAGUGAAGCAAGGAGUGAAAGCAGGAACCUUUUUCUGGCCCAUGGUGAUUCCCCUAGAGAGAAGAGUGCUGACCAUACUGCAGUGGCUCCACCUGCCUGAUGAGGAGAGGCCCUAUGUGUAUGCAGUCCACUCUGAGCAGCCUGAUACCUUUGGCCACAAACUGGGCCCCAUGAGCAAAGAGCUGAACAAUCCCCUGAAAGAGAUUGAUAAGAUCAUUGGGCAGCUGAUGGACGGUCUGAAACAGAUGAAACUGCACCGUUGUGUUAACAUCAUCUUGGUCGGAGACCAUGGAAUGGAAGAGGCCCAUUGUGAUAGAACUGAGUUCCUGAGUUCAUAUCCCCUGAAUGUGGAUGACAUUAUUUUGAUACCUGGAUCUCUUGGAAGGAUCCGGUCCCGAUAUCCCAACACUUCAAAAUUUGAUCCAAAAGAAGUUGUUGCAAAUCUCACAUGUAAAAUGCCAAGUCAGCACUUUAAGCCAUACCUGAAACAACACCUCCCAAAGCGUUUACACUAUGCCAACAACCGGAGAAUUGAGGACGUCCACCUGCUGGUUGAGAGAAAAUGGCAUGUUGCAAGGAAAACCCCUGAAAAUAAGAAGCAUCCUGGGAAAUGUGGCUUUUCUGGUGACCAUGGUUAUGACAACAAGAUCAACAGCAUGCGGACAAUAUUUUUGGGCUACGGACCUAGUUUCAAAUACAAGACACAAGUGCCGGCUUUUGAAAACAUUGAACUUUACAAUGUCAUGUGUGAUCUCCUGGGCUUGGAGCCUGCUCCUAACAAUGGUACCCACGGCAGUCUGAACCACAUGUUAAAAAGCCCCUCUUACCACCCCACCCAGCUGCAGGAGGUGUCUGAACCCUCCCCUUUAGACCCUGCCCUGGCUGUCCCUGAUGACCUUGGCUGUAGCUGUGACGACCAGAAUGAACUGAAUGGGCUUAGUCAAAGCUUCAGGGAAGCCUCAAAUGACACCAGAAAUCUCCCAUACGGUCGACCAGCAGUUCUUUUCCAAACAAACUACAGCCUCCUCCACCACAUGGACUUUAUCAGUGGGUACAGUGAGGAACUGGCUAUGCCCCUGUGGACGUCAUACACAGUGCCUAAUCAGGUAAAUGUUACACCUCUUCCUGAGUCCGUGAGCCACUGCGUGAGGCCUGACAUUCGUAUGUCCUCUGCCUACAGUCAGUCCUGCAAUGGCUAUGAAUCCCAGCAACACAUCUCCUAUGGCUUCCUCUUUCCUCCAGAGCUGGCCUCGUCCCCUGAAACAAGAUACGAUGCCAAACUAAUCACAAACACUGUUCCGAUGUACCCGGCGUUCAAGAGGGUGUGGAACUUCUUCCAGAGGACACUGCUGAAGCGCUACGCCAAUGAGAGGAAUGGGGUCAACGUUGUUAGUGGCCCCAUAUUCGAUUAUGACUAUGAUGGCCUCCGGGACACGGCGGAGAAGAUGGAACAGCACCUGAGUGGCCCUGUGGCAGUGCCCACUCAUUACUAUAGCGUGGUCACCAGCUGCCUGGACUACACACAGGACGUGGACGCCUGUGACGGCCCACUCAGCGUCUUCUCCUUCAUCCUACCACACCGGCCAGACAACGAUGAGAGUUGCAACAGCUCUGAGGAUGAGUCCGCCUGGGUGGAGGAGCUGAUGAAGAUGCACACGGCUCGAGUGCGGGACAUCGAGAUUCUCACUGGCCUGGACUUCUACCGCCAAACCAACAGGAAUUACACAGAGAUCCUGUCCUUAAAGACCUACUUGCACACGUACGAGGAGGACGUCUAAAACUGCUGGCUCGCUCUCUCUCUUUUUCUCCCUGGUGCAUUUCUGUUACCUAGCUGUAUAUUUGUUUUUUUAAAUAGAAUUUUACAUAUUUGUAUUUCUUAAAAGUUUUAAUGCCAGUAAGUAUUCUAAUCCUGUGUAAUCAUACUGCCUUUUUGUUUUGAAAUAACAAGACCAUUUGUAACGACUGUCAUUUUUUAAAAUUGGGGUGUUGUGUGUGUGACAGGGAGUGUUGGAAAAAUCACUGGAAGCUUCAAUACGAUCCACUGUAAUGCAAGUACUGUUACUCUGAAUGCUGUACUGUACGCGAUAAUGGACCUGUAUCAAUGACUUUUACCAUGUACUACCCGUUUGACUUAUUUAGGACUUAUUCAGACACAUAACAUAACGAAAAAAAAACCCAAAAACAUUUGUACUGAACUUGGUGGCAAUACCUGCACUUCUGUCAGUUUCUUUUCCAUUCAGAAUGGAUGAAUUUACACUUGACAGUGCUUGCUUUUAGUAAAGUCUUAAUGCUUCAGAUGUUUUUAAGGAUGUUUUACUUUUGUUGCUGUGGGCAGUCAAGCACAAGCCUGUCUGUCUAUGCAUGAUUUUAAAAAAGUUGCUCAUUUUUAUCUGUAGUGUUACAUAGGUCAUAGCAACUUAAAUGGCACCUGGGGAUCUUCACUGAAACAUUCUCAGUUGUCUAUCUUACACUUAACACGUGUAUUUAAUUUUUUUUUUUUCUCUUUGUUUCUGUAAAAAUUCAGUGAGUACUUGAAAUUAACCCCAGAGAAAGUGUUUAGUUGGAUGACCCAAGCACACACCAACAUCAGUGGUCCCAGAGCACUUGGUGUGACCUGACACUUGUAACUGCAUGUAUAUUCUCAUCAAUACAUCCUAGGUGCCAUUUAAGAGGAGUACUCCACAAAGACUGCUGCUUUUUUAUUUAUUUUCACACUGUACAUGGUACUAUUGCUUUAUUGGAUCAACUGUGGGCAUGUUUCUAAGCAUAAGUUGAACAACACCAACAUGAGAUUCUGCUUAUGGCUAAACUCUCAGUAAAAAUUUUCAAGCUGAAAUUGUUGCAUUCUGAAUUGUACUUGUCAAGUAUAAAAUCCUCAAGGAGUUACUGGUAACAUGCUAAUAGCAGGCUUACCUAGUGAUGGUGGAGUUUCAUGAACACUGUAGUUGGGUGGAGCUUGUGCUGUUAAUCACUGAGUGGGGUGAACCAAUCAAGAGACACUUCUAUCCACAGCAAAACACUGAUUGGUUCACUUUGCCAUGUCUUUGAAAGCAUAGGGUGGAACCACCCAUGUUGGCAUUUAUGCAGCCUCACUCACAUCACUUUUUCACCUAUAAGUAUGCAUUUUACCUGGGACAGGUUUCACACAGGUCGCAACAUUGACAUUACUCAUCUUUAAAUAUAAACAAGUCAAGUUUCUUUCCUUAAAUGAUUAUGAGAAUAACCAAGGAACUGCAUGUUUGAUAGAGCUGUGUGUAUCUGUGUCUUAGGUUGCAAUAUACUUGUUAUGCAAGAGAGGUUGGGGAGGAAGUAGUAUCAGUGGUUUCUGGUAAGAGUGCUCACUGUCAGUUAAUUAUUAGAUUCAAUGUUGAUUCAAAUAGGUUUACCACAAACCCAUAAUACUGAUUUUGUUUGACCCUUUCCUGUCUUAUUUAGAG